AGAGUCGACUGAAGUUUCCGAGGAGCCUCCUCUGGCUGGGUUGGACACACCUUUCAAGAGACCCCUAAUCGAGCUCCAAGCACCACAACCGCUCCUUACCCUAGUGCUGUCCCCCUGCCCCUCUCCCUCAUCUACCUCUUCUCAACUACAAGAUUCAGCCUCUCCCCAAAGGGCUUGAGCAUCCUAAAGGUUUCCCACCCUUCACGGCUCUGUCCACGGAUGGAGCCAGAGAAAUGUGGUGGGGGGGCCGGGGCCAGAGUUUCAACAUCGCCCCCCAGAAGGAGGAGCCAGAGAUGGGGCACUCUGGUCCAAAGUGUGUCCAGAGGACUGGGAUGCUGGAGCCCAGGAGUCGGCAGCUUGACGGUCACGUGGCCUCUGGAUGCCUCCCAGGGGAGCAGAUCCUAGCAUGGGCCCCAGGGGUGAGGAAGGGGCUGGAACCUGAAUUGCCUGGAACUCUGAUCUGCACCAACUUGAGGGUCACCUUCCAGCCUUGUGGAUGGCAGCGGAGUCAGGAGACUCCCCUGAGCAGCGAAUAUGAUUUUGCCCUGGUCAACAUUGGGCGAUUAGAGGCUGUGAGUGGCCUGUCCAGAGUCCAGCUCCUCCGUCCAGGGUCCCCACUUAAAUUUAUCCCUGAGGAGAUUCUCAUUCAUGGCCGAGACUUCCGGCUGCUCAGAGUUGCUUUUGAGGCUGGAGGACUAGAGCCUCAAGCCUUUCAGGUGACCAUGGCCAUUGUUCAAGCCAGAGCUCAGAAUAGUCAAGUUCAACAGUAUGCAGGGAUACCCCUGAGCAAGGCUGGCCAGAGUUCAGGGUCCAGAAAACCACCUGUUCCCCUCUUGGAGACAUCAGAAGACUGGGAGGCUGAGCGGAAAAAGCAGGGGGCCAGGGGCUGGAGGGUCAGCACCGUCAAUGAGAGGUUCGACAUAGCCACCAGCCUCCCCCGUUACUUCUGGGUCCCUAAGCGAACCCUGGACAGUGAAGUCAGGAGAGCCUUUGGCCACUUCCAUCAGGGCCGUGGACCGCGUCUGUCCUGGCAUCACCCUGGGGGCAGUGAUCUUCUCCGCUGUGGUGGCUUCUAUACAGCCAGCGACCCUAACAAGGAGGAUAUCAGAGCAGUGGAGUCGAUGCUUCAGGCUGGGCAUUCAGAUGUUGUCCUGGUGGACACCGUGGAUGAGCUGCCUAGUCUUGCAGAUGUCCAACUUGCCCACUUGAGGCUGAGGGCCCUCUGCCUGCCUGAUUCAUCUGCAGCUGAGGAGAAAUGGCUCUCAGCCCUGGAAGGAACACGAUGGUUGGAUUAUGUCAGGUCUUGUCUUCGAAAGGCCAGUGACAUCUCAGUCCUAGUGACAUCCAGGGUUCGCUCUGUAGUACUACAAGAGCGCGGUGAUCGUGAUUUCAAUGGCCUCCUCUCUUCACUCGUCCAGCUGCUUUCAGUCCCUGAAGCCCGAACACUGCUUGGCUUCCAAUCACUAGUGCAGCGAGAGUGGGUGGCAGCUGGACACCCCUUCCUGACCCGACUUGGGGUAACUGGAGCCAGUGAAGAGGCUCCAGUGUUUCUCCUCUUCCUUGAUUGUGUCUGGCAGCUCCUCCAGCAGUUUCCAGCUGAGUUUGAAUUCUCAGAGUUUUUCCUUCUUGCUCUUCAUGACAGUGCCAGGGUUCCUGACACCCUCACAUUCCUGAGAGAUACUCCCUGGGAGCGUGGAAAACAGGGUGGACAGUUCAACUCCUAUACACAAAUCUAUAACCCAGGGUACUGCCAACCCCCUGCUGGGAAUUCUGUUAACUCGCAGCUAUCUGUCUGGGACUGGGAUUUACGCUACAACAGUGAACAGAUACUACAAUUCCAUAAUCCUGGCUAUGACCCAGAACACUGCCCAGAUUCCUGGCUUCCCAGACAGCAGCCAAGCUUCAUGGUUCCUGGACCCCCCAGUUCUGUGUGGCUCUUCUCCAGAGGGGCCCUGACUCCCCUCAAUCAGCUCUGUCCUUGGCGGGACAAUCCUUCCCUGCUGGCAGUCUCUUCUCGUUGGCUCCCUCGAGCAGCUAUCUCCUCUGAAAGCCUGGCUGAUCAGGAGUGGGGGCUCCCCUCACAUUGGGGGGCUUGCCCUUUACCCCCGGGGUUGCUGCUGCCUGGAUAUCUGGGACCCCAGAUCAGGCUGUGGAGACGCUGCUACUUGAGGGGAAGGCCUGAGGUCCAGAAAGGCCUCUCAGCUCCCACAAUCUCUGGCCUCCAGGAUGAGCUAUCCCAUCUUCAGGAGCUUUUAAGGAAAUGGACACCAAGAAUAUCUCCUGAGGAUCAUUCCAAGAAAAGAGACCCAAAUACCAUUCUCUCCCAAUCCCGCUGAAAUUACUGUCUUUUUUUUUUAACCGACUGAGCGACCCAGGUGCCCCUUAAUUACUGUCUGUUUUAUGGGCAUGGCAGAGGGUGGUCCAGAGUGAGGAAGGGUUCUAACCUUCUGAUUCUUCUUAUCUGGUCUUGCUGUCUCAGCUUUUGACACUCCAGCACUCAACAAGCUCACUGACCUUUCUGUUGCAAGUGUGUGGUGCUAACCUUCUCCAACUCUUGCCCUGUCCUGUUUGGUUCAAGAUAGGUUUCUUGUGGUUUGAGGAAUUAAGAAACAAAAGCAUUCUAGAACAUGAUUACCUUUUUUCCAGGGCAAUUUUAUCCCUUUGGAUAUCCAGCUGUUAAAUUGUGAGAGAUGCUGUCCAUCAGUCUUAACACGAUGGCCUACAGACCUCAUUCUCACCUCCUCUUGCUGCUUCCUUAACUCCAAUUUGUUUCUUCCCUUUGGUUUUCUAUGGGCACGCAGUGGGUAUGGGAGAUGCACUGUCUCUUCCAAUUGUGUAUUUUAUACACUGACAUUUCUAUUUAAGGAGUUCAUUAAAGCACAGUAUUUAUACACAUUGCUGACAUUAUCUCUUGCGUCUGAAUAAAAGAUCCUA